GGAAGUGAGAGCCGGAGAGAGAGAAGGAUGGAGACUCGCGCUGCUCUGGGCCUCGUCCUGCUCGUGCUGUGCGGCCUGUCACUGGGGGAGUCUGGGAGGAAAGAGGCGCUGCGGCCCGAUAAGCUGCUGGUAGUGACGGUGGCCACUGAAGCCACAGAAGGCUACCUGAGAUUCCUGCGCACAGCCCGACACUUUAACUACACUGUGAGAACUCUGGGUCUGGGGCACGAGUGGAAGGGGGGAGACGUUGCCCGCACAGUGGGGGGAGGACAGAAGGUGAGAUGGCUCAAACAUGAACUGGAGCAGCACAAAGACCAGGACGACCUCAUCAUCAUGUUUGUGGACAGUUAUGAUGUAGUGAUAUCGGGGAGCCCCACUGAGUUGCUGUGGAAGUUCCAGCGGUUUGAGCACAAGGUGGUCUUCUCUGCGGAGGGAUUUUGUUGGCCUGAAUGGUCCCUCGCUGAGAGUUACCCCCCCAUCACUAAUGGGAAGCGAUUCCUCAACUCUGGAGGGUUCAUCGGCUUUGCCCCCCAGCUCUACCAGAUGGUUCAGCUGUGGAAGUACAAAGACAAUGAUGAUGAUCAGCUCUUUUACACCAAAAUUUACUUGGACGAGUCAAUGAGAGAGAAGUUUGAUAUCACUCUUGAUCACAAGUCAAACAUUUUCCAGAACCUAAAUGGAGCAAUAGAUGAAGUUGUGCUGAAGUUUGAGAGCAAUAAAGUUCGAGCUCGGAAUGUUGCCUAUGACACUAUUCCAGUUGUGAUACACGGAAAUGGACCCACAAAGUUACAGCUGAACUAUCUUGGAAAUUAUGUGCCAAAUUCCUGGACUCACGAGGGUGGGUGUGAAGUGUGUGACGAUGAUCUGUUGGACCUGUCCAUGUUGGAGGAUGAUGCAUUGCCGCAUGUCUUGCUGGGGGUCUUUAUUGAACAGCCAACCCCAUUCAUACCCCAAUUCCUGCAACGACUGGUCCAGUUGGAUUAUCCCCGCAACCGCCUGUCACUCUACAUCCACAAUAGUGAGGUUUAUCAUGAGAGACACAUCGAGGUUUUCUAUAAGAAGUACAAGGACAGUUUCACGAGUAUUAAAAUCGUGGGCCCGGAGGAAGCCAUGAGCCAAGGGGAGGCCAGAGACAUGGGCAUGGACCUGUGCCGGCAGGACCAGACCUGCGACUACUACUUCAGUGUGGAUGCCGACGUGGCUUUAACCAACCCAGACACCUUGUAUAUCCUGAUCCAAGAGAAUAAGAAGGUGAUUGCACCCAUGGUCUCUCGCAGUGGCAAACUCUGGUCCAAUUUCUGGGGAGCCCUGAGCCCUGAAGGCUACUAUGCCCGGUCUGAAGACUAUGUGGAUAUUGUCCAGGCGAAGAGGGCGGGAGUCUGGAAUGUACCAUACAUUGCCCACGUUUAUCUAAUUAAGGGGGAGACACUGAGGGCUGAACUAUCAAACAAGAAUAUCUUCACGUUGCCACAGAUGGACCCAGAUAUGUCUGUGUGUAAGAGCAUUCGGGACAAGAACGUGUUCCUGCACAUCAGUAACAGAGACGAGUUUGGUCGUUUGCUCUCCACCUCCAAGUACAACACGUCCCGCCUGCACAACGACCUGUGGCAGAUCUUUGAGAACCCCGUGGACUGGAAAGAGAAAUACAUUCAUGAAAACUAUUCCAAGAUCUUCGAGGAGGAUUAUUAUCAGCAGCCGUGCCCAGACGUCUACUGGUUCCCCGUCUUCAGUGAAGUGAUGUGCGACGAAUUUGUGGAAGAGAUGGAGAAUUUUGGCCAGUGGUCCGGUGGCAAGAAUCAGGACCAGCGGCUAGCGGGCGGCUAUGAGAAUGUGCCCACUGUGGAUAUUCACAUGACUCAGAUUGGCUACCAGGAGGAGUGGCUGAAGUUCUUACAGGAAUACAUCGCUCCCGUCACAGAGAAGCUCUUCCCCGGCUAUUACACAAAGGCCAAGGCUCUGCUGAAUUUCAUUGUACGAUACAGACCUGAUGAGCAGCCCUCGCUCCGACCCCACCACGACUCCUCCACUUUCACCGUCAACAUCGCCCUCAACAAUAAAGGGAUCGACUAUGAGGGCGGUGGCUGCCGCUUCCUGCGCUACAACUGCAGAGUGGAAUCACCCCGCAAAGGUUGGUCCUUUAUGCACCCCGGUCGCCUGACUCAUUAUCACGAGGGUCUCCCCACAACCAGAGGGACCCGCUACAUCAUGGUCUCCUUCGUAGACCCUUGACCCUACCAGCACCCCAACCCUGGACUCUUCUCCCCUAAACUGCCAGUCAGUGAUGGGGUCCCUGUGUAUCGCCCACAAGGAGCCGGACGACUCCAUUCACUAUAAUCAGGGGGAGCUCCUUUCCUCGGUACAAGGGGAUUUUCUGUUUCGAUGUUCUAAUCAGUCCUUGGGAAUCUCUCAGUAUUCCCUGUUCUUGGAAAGUGGGGAGUCACUGGGGAAGAGCAGUCAGUCACACACCCCUCUCAUUUGUCCUACUGGGAUGUGGGGGCCACUGGUUUAACAGUCCCACCCGCCCAGAACCCUCAUUGUGUCCCCUUUGUCUCUUUGACCCCCACCAUCCUACAAUGGACUUGCCCAAUCAGCAGUCACAUGACCGUUAUCUGCCUUAAUUAUAACAAAUAUUUUACUACAAAAUGAAUGAGAUGCAGUGGGAGGAGCAUGAGGGAGAAUUGGGGGGAUAGGAAAGGGGUUCAUUAAGUAAUUGGGGUAGAGAUCAUUGCGCUGCUUUAUUGCUGAACCAAAGCGAUUUGCUGCCUCCUGUACAAAGUGCUUUAAAUUAUUGGCUCCGCCAGGUAACGAGUGUAAUGAUUUAUUAGUAUUAGCCGCACUCUUUUGUAAGGUUUCAAUAAAAAAUACUCCAAAAUCCACUUUC